UGCUCAGCUGCUGUAGUGGGUGGAGUCCUGUGCGCUUAAGGCUCCACUGGAACAAGAGAUCUGCCACAUUACGCACGGGGAGUUCGCCAAGCACGCCUGUUCCGCAAGGAGACGGGAGGGAAGAGAACUUUAAGAACAACGCUAACGAUUUCAUGUUUUUGUUCUACGAAAAGGAAGAGUUUGUUACUCCAUCCCUGUAUACAGAGUGGAGUUUUGGGACAUUUUGAUAUUUUUCUCUGUAGCCUAUGGUUAUUUUAAGAUUAUUAUAAAGACGGUGUUUGAGGAGAUUAAAAGAUUAUUCAGUGAGAGCAGACACGUUCCUGGACUUUCUCUCCAAGGACUGCUCGGAAACCACUGACCCUUCAUGAGAUACCCACGAGUCGCCUGGCAUUUGACCCGAUAACCAUGGACGUCCGAGUGCAGGCCAAUCCGAACCUCCAUUUCGGGGUCAACGGGGGUCAUGAUGGCGCUAAUAGAAACUCCCGCAGUAGACCAUUUGAGGAUAAGGCGCUUCAGUUCUUAAGCCAGGAGGAGCAGGAUUGUAUCCUGUUCUUUGAGGAGACCAUCGACUCCCUUCUGACUGCCCCAGCAGUAGAUGAGCUUAAUGGACCAGGACCCCCCAUCCUGGCAUCCGCCCCCAGCCCCGUACCACCCCGCUCAGCCUUGGACAGACCCACCAGCACCAAGGACCAGGACAUCAUAGACCUGGUUCACCCAGCACAGCCUGAUCUAGUCCACCCAAUACAGGCACCGUUCAAGUCCUUCAUGCCAGCAGAUUUUACCCAGAAUAUGGUAAUGAACAACCCUGAGAGGCAUUUUGAUAACAAACCGAGGCGCGAGGUGAUGGAACACUUACCUACAGACUGCAACCUGCCCCUCCCUGGCAAAGACAAUGCCCCCUAUGGCCACGCCCUGUACCAGCCUGUAGGCUCCGUCCCCACCCCCGUCUUCAUCGCCCAGAAGAUCGCCGAGCACCAGGGGAGCGGGGGGAACACCAACAUCCUCUCCUCCUCCCUCCUGUCCAACCACCGUAGGAACCUUGAUUUAGAGAACAUAGAGAGACCACCCACCUCCCCAGAUUAUCCAAUCAAACAGGGCCCGACCACCUCAGCCAAGCCCAACCAUUACCCCGUCAACAUCAGCAUGAUAAUGGGCAGCAACCAGCACCACAGCGAUUCGCUGGCCAGUGUGAACCUCCAGGACAGGAAGUCUCAGAUGCUGGCUAACCUAUCAGGGACGUCCCACCCUGUGGAGGCAGAGGAGCUCCAUGGGCUGCAGAAGGCCCAGGUAAACCUUCCCACCCGCAGUGUGUCUUUCAGGGAUCCCACUCCAAAUAAGUCCCGAAUGGAGGCACUGUCCAAACUGGGCUUGAGCCGAAACCGCUCCCCGUCAGGAGAUUUCUCUCUUAUAAUCACCCCCAACAGCAGCACAAACACCAAACCCGCUGCUGCCCCGAUUCCGGUUGCCACCCCUACACCCGUUCCUACACCUACCCCUACACUGACACCCGUGAGUAAACCAGGCGUGGCCAGACAGACAAGCCCCUUGCCACCAGUAACAGUCAACACCAACAGCUCUCAUGCCAGUAUCCAUGACAAAAAGCUUGCUUCUCCCCCGCCCGAAGUCUCGUCCAAGGACUUUAACAGCUACGGCGGGAAGUCCAUCAUGGUGAACCCCUCUAAGGCUGCUGCUGCUGCUCCCUCCACCAGUAGCCAUGGCAGUAAGGCCCACUUAGUGACCUCUCACAGUGACUUCAACCCUUACGGGGGGUAAGACUAAGGUAAUGAAACCUGCUCCUGUUACCACAACCAGGGCUGACCCACCACAACCAGACAUCCAGAGCAGUGCCAUACCUCCCCCAGCAUCCACCUCAGCCAGAGUGAUGCCUCCCCCAGUCUCCACCCCCUCCCCAGCCAGAGUGAUGCCUCCCCCAGCUUUCAACUCCACCCCAGCCAAAAGGAUGCCUCUACCAACCUCCACCUCCAUCCCAACCAAAGUAGAAACCAUGCCCUACGAGGUCAACAGCUACGGGGGGAAGACCAGAAUGGUCACUCCAUCCCACACCACCCCCUCCCCCAUUACCACCCCUGACAUCCUCGCACACACUCUAGUGCGGUCCCCCAGCAAAGCUUCAUCCUCAGUGCCUUCUCAAGCCCCCAGACCUUUCCGCUACAGCACUCCCCCUAGCUCCAACAGGGUGGUGGCGUCUCCCCCGGAGCCCCGGCCGAAGUCCGCCGUCUCCAAGGCGUCCUUCCGCUCCCAAGGGAUCACUGUGCAGUUCUCCGGACGGGGAGCGACGGAUGAGUCGCGCAGAGAAGCGCUCCGGAAACUGGGACUGCUGAAAGACACUUUCUAACUCUGGGAUCGCCACCUCUGUCUUCCCUCUUUCAUUGUCUCCUCUGCAUAACCUCCAUUCAGCUUCCAGGUGGACAGACGUAACUAAUGCCUCGGCCGUUUUUUUUCUGAAAGAAUGUGAGGUGUGGCAGGAGAGGAUACCUACAUUACUGUGGAAUGAAACAGGAUCCUGGUUGAAACCCGGCACACCAGGUUUUGAGCCGCUGAAUGCUGACAAACGAGUCCAACGCGUCACAUGGCCUAGUUGACAAAGGAGCACGCGUACGUUUUCUUUUCAAAUACACACACGCGCACAUGUAUACACACGCACUCGUCAAACACAUACGCGCACAUGCACUCAUACCCACAAAUACAUUCACCCAACAACUCCCACACUCCCACGGAGCUGUUAUAUGCAUCAAAGCUCUGUCUCUUUAUUGUGCUCUAUUUAACUGUAAUCCUACUCAGUGUUUUACAUUGCCUCUGAACCAAGACAUAGUGUACUUUACAGUAUACAUGUACCUCCUAUUUUUUCUCUGAACCAAGACAUAGUGUACUUUACAGUAUACAUGUACCUCCUAUUUUUUCUCUGAACCAAGACAUAGUGUACUUUACAGUAUUCAUGUACCUCCUAUUUUUUCUCUGGGCCAAAACAGACAAAAACCAGAUCUGUGCAAAGGGGAACGCAGACAGCUGAAUGUCUUUGACAUUGGCACAUUUGGCAGAGACAGACGUUUUACUCCCUUUGCCUCCUUCUGAUGUCACAUACUCAGCUACCAGUGAGAAUCCUUACAUGCUCUCACUCUCCAAAGAUGGAUUUAUAUACCCCCCAAAAAUUACAUUUACUUUAUAUGACACUAUAUUGAUUACUGAUCGGUUUGAGGCUGGUACUGCUGGUACUGAUAAAGUGAACUUGAAUCAUUAUAAACUGACAUUGAAGUAACCUGACAACUGAAGAGCCUCACAACAUGUUAUUUUGUUAACCGAUUUGAGCAUUGUUGUUGUCCCGGGGAUAAUUAUGAGUGUACAGCUCUUAUGAGCAUGAACAAGGACAUAGUUUGAAGCACUUUCCUGGUAGAAUAAGGUUGAAUUAACUUCACACACUGAUCUAUUAGAAUGUACCUAUAUUCCCUGUGAGGACGGUAACCAUCCUACUCAUGCAUAUUGAUUAUAUUUUACUAUAUAGGUAUUUAUGCACCCAUUGAUUUCCACUGCUGCCUUAUGGUAUGUUAAAGACAGGUCACUUGGAAGGGGCUACAUUCCUACAGGCAAGAGCAAAGUAUAAACAUAACGAUUGAUUGACAUACCAAGCAAACUAAGCAGCAAUUAAAAUAGUUUACAUUCAUGUACCUCAUAUGCUCAGCUCUAAGGAUAUAACAUUAUUGGAAGUUCUGAAGUGACCCCAUGUGUUUAUCUCCUCAUAUGACAUUUUUGUGAAUGUAAGUUACAGAAAAGAGCACAGGCUUGAGUUUUUAGGAAAGGAGUGAUAUGUCACUACACCGCUGGCUAAAGGGUAUUUUUACUCCAUGGACAUGCCUCCCACACAAAACCACUAAAUGUGGUUUGAAAUGUAGACUUUUACUACUUUGAGGGGGAAAAAAUGUACUUAGUGAGGACUGGCAAGGGCUUGUAAUGCCCAAAACACAAACACUGAAGCCACAGAAUCCAGAAAUACUCACAAGGACAAUUUGUUUUGUUCAUGUAUGCUGCACUUGCAUUUGCAAUACGUAAUUUAACUGUCAUCAUAACUGAUGCCUCUUGUUUCUCUCUGGACUGCAGCUAUAUUGGUACAUAACCCUGUGUGUGUGUGUGUGUGUGUGUGUGUGUGCGUGUGCGUGUGUGUGUGUGUGUGUGUAUGUGUGUGCGGGUGUGUCUGCGUGAAACAUGUUUGUCCAUUUUAACGUUUUAUUUAAUGAAUAAAAGUCAGACUCCGGUUUUGUAGUUCAUCUACAGUAACUCAUGAAGGAUCCUGUGUUUCACCAUGCACACAUUAUUGUGGUUGUGUGAGUGAAACAUAUUUAACUAUUAAUAUCUUGACUCCGGUUUUGUAGUAAAUCUACAGUAACUCUUGAAGUAUCUAAUACACACAAACACACACUGGGGAAAUAUACCUGUAGUUUGCAGACCCAGAGCGAGAAACAAAAAAGCCUCACGGACAACAUCUUUAUUUGACAUUCAAUUAACAUUUACAAAUUGUCAACUAAAGUUGCUGGUAUGGUACAACAGCGCCUUUAUAUUUUUUUGCUCAAUGUCAUAUUGUACACAACGUUUAAUGUACAUCUGUGUCACUUAAUAAAGAGAGUAAUAUACAUGA